GAUGCGGCGGCUCCUCCACGGCAUACGCUGCCUGGUCUCCCCGCUGCCUGCGCUGGGCUGAGGCGGCUCCGCGCCGGGAACCCCCGGCAGCGGCGGCGGCGGCACCUGGUGCCGGCGGGCGUCGGGCCGCAUGAACAAUAGGCGGCGGUCCCGGCCCCGCCGCUCCCCGCAGAGCCCGGCURCCGCGGGCGCCUCCCCCUAUGGAGCAGUCUCACCAUGGAGCCCCUCACCGAGCUCAGCCAGGAGGGCGCGGGCGGCGGGGAGCCGCCGGGCGAAGGGCCGCUCUGGACCGCUGUCUUCGAGUACGAGGCGUGCGGCGAGGACGAGCUGAGCCUGCGGCCGGGGGACGUGGUGCAGGUGCUGUCCCGGGACUCGCACGUGUCCGGCGACGAGGGCUGGUGGACGGGCAAGAUCGACCAGCGCGUCGGCAUCUUCCCCAGCAACUACGUGAGCAGCGGCGUGCAGGGGGGCGGCCCGGAGCUGCGCACCCGGUACCCGCCGCCCCCCGCCAUACAGCUCCUGGAGAUCGACUUCUCAGAGCUUGUUCUGGAAGAAAUCAUUGGCAUAGGGGGCUUCGGAAAAGUGUAUCGAGCUAUAUGGGUAGGAGAUGAGGUUGCUGUCAAGGCAGCUCGCUAUGACCCUGAUGAGGACAUCAGCCAGACCAUUGAGAAUGUCCGCCAAGAGGCCAAGCUCUUUGCAAUGUUAAAACAUCCCAACAUCAUUGCCCUCAGAGGCGUGUGUUUGAAGGAACCUAAUCUUUGCCUGAUCAUGGAGUUUGCCCGUGGAGGAUCGCUCAAUAGGGUGUUGUCUGGUAAAAGGAUACCUCCUGACAUACUGGUGAACUGGGCAGUGCAGAUUGCCAGGGGAAUGAACUACCUGCACGAGGAAGCAAUUGUUCCCAUAAUUCACCGUGACCUCAAGUCCAGCAACAUACUGAUACUCGAAAAGGUGGAAAAUGGAGAUCUGAGCAACAAGAUGUUGAAGAUCACGGAUUUCGGCUUGGCCAGAGAAUGGCAUAAAACUACCAAAAUGAGCGCAGCUGGGACAUAUGCCUGGAUGGCUCCUGAGGUCAUCCGCUCUUCCAUGUUCUCCAAAGGCAGCGAUGUUUGGAGUUAUGGUGUGCUGCUUUGGGAACUGCUAACAGGAGAAGUACCAUUUCGAGGAAUUGAUGGUCUUGCAGUAGCAUAUGGUGUUGCCAUGAAUAAACUUGCCCUUCCAAUCCCUUCCACAUGUCCAGAGCCUUUUGCCAAACUCAUGGAAGAUUGCUGGAACCCUGACCCACACUCACGACCUUCCUUUGCCACUAUCCUAGACCAUCUUACUGCCAUAGAAGAGUCUGGUUUUUUUGAAAUGCCCAAAGAUUCCUUCCACUCCCUGCAGGAAGACUGGAAACAAGAGAUCCAAGAGAUGUUUGAUCAGCUCAGAGCCAAAGAAAAGGAGCUGCGCACRUGGGAGGAAGAGCUGAGUCGUGCUGCUGUUGAACAGAAGAACCAUGAGGAGCUGCUACGAAGGAGGGAACAGGAGCUGGCAGAACGUGAGAUUGACAUCCUGGAGAGGGAGCUCAACAUCAUCAUCCACCAGCUGUGUCAGGAGAAGCCUCGGGUCAAGAAACGCAUGGGGAAGUUCAAGAGGAGCCGGCUCAAGUUAAAGGAUGGCAAUCACAUCAGCUUGCCUUCAGAUUUUCAGCAUAAAUUCACUGUACAGGCUUCUCCAACGAUGGACAAAAGGAAAAGCUUGAUCAGUAGCUGCUCCAGCCCUCCUGCAAGUCCUACCAUUAUUCCCAGACUCAGGGCCAUACAGUUGACACCUGCUGAAAGCAGUAAAACGUGGGGUCGAAGCUCAGUCCUUCCAAAGGAGGAAGGAGAGGAAGAAGAGAAGAGAGGCCAGAAGAAAAAGGGACGCACUUGGGGACCAAGCUCACUUUGUCACAAGGAGCUAGGCACAGGAGAAGAGGGUCUGAAAGCUCUGGUAGAAGGAUGCAAGCAGUGGUCAUCCAGUGCACCAAACCUUGUGAAGAUCCAGAGAACUGCACCUGCUUUUCCAGGAUUCACCAGCUUAGCAGAGAUGGAUGAUGAGGACAGUGAAUGUCUUAAUGGAGAGGGCAAAGUGCACCCUUCACCUGUGCACAAUCAAUCAUAUCUCUGCAUCCCAUUUCAGAAGAAUGAAGAKUGGGAUGGCCCUUCUAGUGAUGCCAAUGAGGAGUCCACCCCUGUAAACUCUGCUACGAGUACCCCUCAGCUAACACCCACCAACAGCCUCAAACGUAGCGGCUCCCACCACAAGCGAUGUGAGGUUGCAUUGCUUGGCUGUGGAGCAGUGCUGGCUGCUGCAGGCCUGGGUUUUGAUCUGUUAGAAGCAGGGAAGUGUCAGCUGCUGAUUGAGGAAGAGCCGGAGGUGCCCAAGGAAGAGAAGAAGAAGCGUGACAGCAUUUUUCAGCGAGCUGGACGCCCACGCAGGAGUACUAGUCCACCUUCCCGAAAGAUCUUCAGGAAGGAAGAUCCCCUGUUGUUGCUGGGCGAGCCAUCCACAUCCCUCACCCUUCUUUCCCUGUCUUCCAUUUCCGAAUGUAAUUCCACCCGGUCCCUGCUGCGCUCGGACAGUGAUGAGAUUGUGGUUUAUGAGAUGCCUGUCAGCCCAGUGACAGUCAAGGCUCCUUUGCCAGCCGUUACAAACCCUUUGGUCAAUGUCCAGAUUGAGAGGUUCAAACAAGACCCCAACCAAUCCCUGACUCCCACACACGUGACGCUCUCUUCCCACACCCAGCAAAGCGGACACAGGCGCACACCUUCYGAUGGGGCCAUCAAAGGGAGUGGACUGGUUGUCAAUGGGUGCCCAACCAGUGGAUGCCCUUCCAGUAGCUGUUUAACUGGAGCAUUGGGAGCAGGUGUAUUAAAAACACCUAGUCCAAGCAGAGAUCCCAGUGAGGUCCCUCGCCUGCCAGACCCCAACCUUGUUUUUCCUCCAACCCCGAGACGAUGGAAUGCACAGCAGGAUCCUACACUGGAAAGACCCAAGACAUUGGAGUUCCUGCCCCGGCCACGUCCUGCAGCCAGUCGGCAGCGGCUUGAUCCCUGGUGGUUUGUGUCACCCAGCAACGCCAAGGGUGAAUCUUCUGCCAACAGUUCAAGUACUGAUACUCCAAGCAAUCUGGACUCUUGUUUUGCUAGUAGCAGCAGCACUGUAGAAGAGAGACCUGCACUGCCUGCACUGCUUCCUUUCCAGGUGGGUCCUCCUGUAGAGGAGCGGACACUGUUGGACAUGGAUGCUGAGGGGCAGAGCCAGGAUAGCACCGUUCCGCUAUGCAGAAGUGAACUUAACACACACAAAGCUGCAGCAUAUGAACUCAAGCAAGAAUUCUGGUCUUAAUAUGAAACCACUGGGGAUAGUGAGCCCCUCUAAAUUCAAUCCUACUUUUGCACUGAGAAUGCACUUUGAAGACAGAUGAGAUGGAGGGAUGCUACAGAGAUCAUAUGGUGCUGCCUCUGCUGAAGAUAYGUUGUUGACUGCCUGGUUUUUGUCUGCAUUUGGUUGAAAUGCAGCAACUCUGAGCUGCUGACUUUUGCUGUGGGGUUUUUCUGUAGUCUUCCCUGCCCUCUUAUUGCAGUUUGAAUCUGCAAUGAGCUAAAAUUAUCAUAUCAAAGUCUUUUGUUACUGACCUGGUAGGAUUUGGCACUUGCAGUAAGUAUAUUGGUAUCUAUCCUGGUAUUAAUCAGUAUUUUCAAAACUCAAAUAUAACACUACAGCAGACAUCAGUGUUUGAUGUUUUCCCAAGGAAUCCAGAACAAAAACAAAUAUCUGGAGACUACCUUCUCUGAAAUACAUUCAGAUCAUUAGAUGGGCCUGGGAAUCACCAUACCCCCAACUGAAAGAGCAGAAGUAGCUAUCUUAAGACUUGUUUGUCCUUUUUUGCUGGUGAGAUAGUGUAAGGUGGAACAAAUGGCAGASGAAGGGCAUGGCAUCUCCACUGGUGGAGGUCUUUGAGAGCAAGUGAACCAGACUGUUGGAAACAGGUAGAUGUAGUUGAUCCUGGCUUCGAGGUAGGUUGAAUGAACUUCUGUGGUCUCUUGAGGUCCCUCUCAGCUCUAUUUUUUWUGACUCUGUGCUUUUGAGAUGAAGGCUUUUUGGUAUGGCUGUUUAGCUUGUUUUUUGUUUCAGACUUUGGUUCCAUCAGUCUCAUUUUUUCCCACCCUGUUUCUCAGACUCAUAGGCAAGUUGCCUCAGCUAUGGGAGGGGAAUUAGCAGAAACUUUCUUUAAAGAUGUGUUGGCUUGCAGAAGUAAGUUAUGCCUUUCCAGAUUCUUUCUUUCUGKUUUUUUUUUUCCUUCCUUUUGCCUCUUAGGAGUGACCCAUGAAACCCAAGACUGUUCUUAUGCACACUGCUACUUGUUUAAGGCUAUUUUGAAAAUGAGGCUUGUUAGUGUUUAGAUUGUGCAAACAGGAAUCAGAACAUCUGGAUUCUGUUUUAUUUUGUCACUGACUCACUGUGUGACCCUGGGCAAAUAAUGUAACCUCUGUGCCUGAAUUUCCCCAUCUGUAAAUACUAGGAAUAAUACCUACCUCACAAGGGGAGGGGUUGGGACAUAUGUAAUAGGUAUAAAGUCCUUUGAGAUCUUUCAGUGAAAGGCACUAGACAUGUAAAACUUCAUUCUUGUUCAAAUAUGUAAAACACUUCUGGAUCUGGAGCAAGAACAGAUCGCUGUCUGGGAGGAGGAAGUCACACAAAUAGGGUGUGCCUAUGCUCAGAGUUUUCUGUACWAAGACUUCAAGUGUGUCUGUGCCACAGCAGGUACAUCUUACUGACUGUAAUAAGAGCUUCAAUCUUCCCCAAAUWCGGCAUUAUAUAUAAGGAAUGUGGCCUUUAUUCGAGUGUAGUAGAGUAGUCUGCUUUGUUGCAGGGUACAGCAUGUCUGUUCACUGUUUUUGUACAGAUCUGUGCUUGUUUUGCUGAUCUACAGAUACUUGGUUGCAAAUAACUUGUUGCCAGUGCUACCAAUGCAGUGCACAGCCUGUUGGGGCAGUCCAGCGCUGUUGUGAAGGCAGUGUGGCUGAACACUUCCUGCAGCUGUCAGCACAGAGAACCUGCGUGUUUUGAUGUUUGUAAYCUGAUUUUAAAAACCAGCAUGUGUGGGGAAGAACUGUGCGUAAGGCUUUUUAAUUCUGUUUAAGGACUGAAACCAGCAUGUUCCUGUUAGUCAAGUGCACCUUUUCCCAGGCAAUUACGGUAUGUUUUUGUGUUGAAAGGUCACAUAUUUCUUGUUUAUCAUAUGCCAUGGCARAUGCUUAAUGGCAGAAUUACUUUUGCUGCCCUCCCAUUGAAUGCUCCAGAGCUAGCCUUAGUGGUGCUACACCUGAGGUUGAAGCUGGAGAGACUGUUGAUUGUGUAGACAAGGUAUUAUGAUGUGGGACUAAGAUACUUAAAGCUUACAUUUCUGACUCUUUUGUUAAAUUUAGACUUUUAGCAUUAUUGAUUUYUUAAGCAUCAUUUUGCUUUCCAUUUCUGAAAACUCAAUUUGUGACCCAGAGAGUAGUAAAAAGACAAAACUCAUCCAACAGAUUGCUAAUUUUGAUUGUGCUGCAACUUGACCUUACUGUAAUCUCAGUUAGAGGCUGUUUCAGAGGGACUUAAAAGAAGGACAUUAAAAUAAUGUAUUUUCAUAGCCUUCCUUACCAUUUAAAAAAGUCUGAGAAAAACUGGAUCAGCUGUUCUGAAAUGUAAUGUUUUCUAUCGAAAAAGCAUCAUUGUAAUUGUCAUAGGGAAUAUCAUGUGCUCUGCAAAGGCCUCACCUGCAUUUGAACAGAAAUCCUUAAAAUCCCUUUACUUGCAUGAAAUGAGAGGCAGUCUUUCUAGGUUGCAGUGAUAUAACUCAGCUUGCUAAACUAGUUGCUGGCCAGUAGAUUUCACCAAGUGAGCUUAAAGAUUUCUUUCAAGUUCCCAGGAAAGACAGCUGUAAAGGCAAGUUGUUCUGUCACCUCUUUUGCUUAAGGAAGUUGAGGAUGAACUGUUAAACUCCCCUUGCCCCUCUGUUUUAUGUAAUCACUUGGUGAAAGUGGUAUGUAGGUGAACUAUGAGAAGUACUUUGCUCCAAGAGCAUUUUCCCCAAUACCAAAUGGACAUUUCUGUCAUCAAAUGGUGACAAGAGUCAAGGACCUAUAUCAGGGUUACCAAACUAGAUACUGUAAUUAUGAAGCUGCCAGAAGGACUAAUUAGAAUCCUGUUGUUUCGUAUGUGUUUGUUUUGUGGGUUUUGGCGUUUUUUUUAAUCCUUUUUCGAUGCAGUGAUCUUCAUUGAAUCUAACGUGUGAAUUAACCUGAGGUAGUCUGAGCAUCAUCCCCUCAGGGGCCAACCUGAGAUAUCAGGCAAGAGGAGUCUGUUGUAGGAACAAGGCUACUGACUUCUGCAGGUGUUGGGGUAUUCUCGGGCACGCAGAGAGGGGACUCAAGACAAAGAGUUGUGAAGUAUUUUAUCUUAUGCACUCYGAAAGCUGUUGGAGCUGUUGGCCCUGUCUCCUAAGGCCCAGAGACUGUGAGCAUGUUUAAGCUAGCUCAAAAACCUCUCUCUAUCCAUCUGUCCCAUCCUGGCUUGGAUUCUUGGUUUCUUAAUCUGUUGGGCUUUUUCCUUGCCAGCCGUAGGAUCUGAGGUGCUCCAAAUCUCCAAAGCAGUGGUUGAUUGUAGUCUACUAGAUAGUGAGAAGGUGUGAGCCCAUCAGCUCAGAAUCUUUUUUUUUCCUACUGAUUGCUAGUAUUCCCCUUUGUCAGGGAAACAAAAGUGUCAAAAUAUUGGUUAUUGAUCUACCUUGCUAGUGGUAAUCUUGAGGAAGACGGUGAAAUUCUUACUUAAAAAAAAUCAAAUAAAUUUGUUAUAUCUGAAUAAGUUGCACUUGUUUUUGUCUGAAAAAAUGAGAUAAAGAUAACAUGAAACUUCACUGAGCAGUUUAAAAUAAUGACAAAAAAUGGAGAAAAAUGUGUUUGAUUACAGGCCUUACAAAGAGGAACUGACAGUUUUUUAACUGAUAAUAAUAAUGAGAUUGUAGCUGAGAGAAAUGUUUGCGGUUUAGAAAUAUAUUUGUAUUUUUGUUUAGUCAGCUGGCAGUGUGUAUCACUAAUUUAUGUAAUUGAUGUGAUGAUUUAGGAAAUAGAAAGAAGUUUGUCAGCCUUUCAAAAUAAGCUAUCCUUGUAACCUGUUCAGUUUUUGUGAAAUUUGGGGGAAGGCACAGACAAAGCAACCCGUCUGAAAAAAGACAAUUGUUUGGAUAAAUUUCUACUGGUUUCAUAGAAAUUGAGUGUGGGGCAAGUAGAGAGAAGAAAGCUUUURUGUCAAAACUAAGGUGAAUAAAUAGUAAUGGAUUCUUUUCUAAUACUGUUGCUUCUUAUGAACUGCACAGUACUCUGUUUUACCUGCAAAUAGGUCUUAAUCUCCUUUCAAUCCUUUUCAGAGGUGCAAAUGUAACUUUUUAUACAUAUUUAUACAUUCUCUCCAGGUUAUUAUUGCAAUGGGUUGAUAUUCUGUAUGGGGCGGAGAACUUCAGUGAAAAUACUCUUUUUGUAAUAGUUUUCUAACAAAACGAGUAUUUUSAAAGUGAGUUUUUUGUUAUUGAUGUGGAAAGACCUGUUCUGGUUU